AUGUCACUGACGUCCUCCAUUCAGCCUGCGGUGUGUUAUACUCAGAGGAGACACAGAGUGUUCAGGCGAGCGCACGGCCCCCAGAGACGCCAGACACGGGCGUUCCUCCCGCCCUACGGAUCGCGGGGCAGUGAGUCCAAGGCCGUGAUGGAGGAAGAAGAAUUCGAAAUCCUUCUCCCGGAGGAACCUGAAGAAGGCGCAUCCCAGGAUCCUUCUCCAGGGGGGUCUGGAGGGCAGCGCGGGGAUGAAGGGACCCCGCAGACGCUGAGGCUCAUCCUGGUGGGAAAAUCCGGGAGCGGGAAAAGCGCCACGGGAAACAGCAUCCUCGGGAGGAGAGUGUUCGAGUCCAAGCUCAGCGCUCGCCCGGUGACCCAGGCCUUCCAGCAGGGGCGCCGCGCGUGGGAGGGGAGGGAGCUGCAGGUCAUCGACACGCCCGACAUCCUGUCCCGCUGGGAGGCGCCGCGGGGGACCGCUCAGGGCGUUGGCGAGGCCGGCGCCCGCUCCCCGCCGGAGCCGCACGCCGUGCUCCUGGUGACACAGCUCGGCCGGUUCACCGAGGAGGACCAGCAGGUGGCCAGGCGCCUGGAGGAGGUGUUAGGGGCGGGCAUCCUGGCCCGCACCGUCCUGGUGUUCACGCGGAACGAAGACCUGGACGGCGGCUUGCUGGGGACAUUCCUGCGGGAGACCGACAACCGAGCGCUGGCCGAGCUGGACGCGGUCUGCGCGCGGCGACACUGUGGCUUCAACAACAAGGGGGCCGGAGCCGAGCUGGAGGCCCAGCUGAGGGAGCUCAUGGGGCACGUCGAAGGGGUCCUGUGGGAGCACGAGGGCCGCGCCUACAGCCUCCCGGCUGCCCCUGACCCCCGCGCCGCGCCCCGCGAGAGCUGGGGCCUCUGGCGGCCCGGCGCCGAGGAGGGGCGCAGGGACCAGGCCUGGCUGCGGGGCCUGCGCCGCAUCCUGGAGGAGCCCGAGCAAGCUGGAGGCCAGCUCCCGCCGAGCGCGCCCACAUGA